AUGACCGAAAACACACGCCCCAUCCUCAACUCAUACGAGCGUCACCGUCAGCACAAGGAUAUAGCUAUUGUCAUUAUGCUUCUUUCCAUUUCCUCAAUGUUUUUUUUCGUGAUUGGUUCAAUUCCCAACUCCCAUGACGUCUUUCGGAUAGGCUGUGCAGUACUCGGCUUAGUUAUUUGUACAGGAUCGUGUUUGGGGAUUCACAUAGGCUACGGCACCUUAGCAAACGGAGACAACCCCAACUACGCCGUUUUUAUGCCCUUCAGAGGUGGAAUAGCCUUCGUUUCUUAUCAGUGUGUGGGUUGGACUGCCUAUGCCUUGGCCCUUCUGCUGACGCUGGUCGCAAAUGAGGUGCCAGAAGCGCUGGGAAGAGGGGGGAUGAUGCUAGCCGCGGCUCUUUCCGGAAUUGCUCAAGUUGCCCUAUUCAAAUCCAUCCCCAAGUACAGUCCCAAACUGACGAAACGCUUUUUAGAGCAAAAUGGCGAAGCUGCAGUUGCGGUUCUGGUCUUUUGCUCCACGUUUGCUUUAAAUCGUCUCCACAUGUUUUUCCAAUCCUAUCUAAAAGAUUGGUCGCAUGUCCAGAUGAAUGGUAAAUUUUACACCAGAAGUUUGCUGUACCUGACCAACAUCGGCGUUUUGCUCGCGGUGCCGCUGAUUUUGAUAGCGAUGGGCCGCACUACGCAGCAGUGGCGUCGUAUCCGGACCCGAAUGACCCAUCAACCUUCGAGCGAAGCGAACGAUCCCAAGAAUAAACAAGGUACCCAUGCCGACUCCGACGCUCAGGACGACCUCAAAAGGAUCUGGAUUACCAUUAUCACGAAUACUCUUGAAAUCGUGACGAUCAUCCUGACGAUGACUGCGCCUUUUCUUACACUUUUUUUCUUACAUUACGUAUUUUCUAAUUACACAUCUCCGCUUCUCAAUGCGGUGAGUUAUUACCUACCCUUCAUGUUUUGGGUGGCCGUCGGAACUUUGCUAAUUUCCGCGGUUCCCUACAUGGAUGAUGUGGAAGUCCCACUGAUGAUUCUGAAGCUGCGCCCCACACUCUUCACAUUUGCAGUCUACAGUCUACCGUUAUGCAUGCCCAUAAUUUUUAUCAUGCCAGUGGUGUUUUUCCCUCGCUUAAGUACAGCUUUUAAUUUGUUCACCUUCUUCGCUUUCGCGGUCGGGAGCAUCUAUAAACAGGUCCGUUGGGCAAUCAGGGUUGCUAUCUAUGCAAUAAUAGGAUAUCUAACCUACUGGGAGAUUGUCCGAUGCCUUGAUAAGUUUAAGGAGCGACACUUGGAUAUAGGGAUUUCGGCGAUGUCUAGGCUUCGAGUAAACAUAUUCGAUCUAUUGAUCAUGGGCGCCUGGAUUCUGUAUAUCCCUUUAUACAGCGGUAAGCCCUAUCACACAGGAUUGUAUCGUAGUCCAUGGUUCAGUAAGUUCAUGAAACGUCAUGUCUUUUCCGAGUUCGCAAAGUAUUUCAAUUUUCAACUGAUCUUGGACUCUCCGAGGGUGAAUAUGCGCGACAGUUCCAACAAAUACCUGUUCUCGUACCACCCCCAUGGUGUGUUCUCUGGAACUGCACUUUUUGCCCCGUUUAGCGACGUGUGGGAGGAAAAGGUGGGUUUGAACGCUAAAACCUGUGCUGUUACACACUGUGCAAAUGUGGUAUUUAGUAUACCGCUUAUUCGCGAUUUUAACUUAGGCCUAAACGCGCUAUCAGUCAGUCGGAGCACCAUCGAGGCAAGCCUGGAUCGUGGCAAUAGCGCGAUCAUCGUCACGGGUGGUCAAUCCGAGAUGCUUCGAACCAUUAGCACCGACCAAUUCCUCGAGUUGGUGACAUAUCACAUUGGCUUUGUACGUUUGGCGAUCAAAAAGCGUGUGCCACUAGUACCACUAUUGAGCUUUGGUGAGAACAACAUCUUGAGCAUCCUCCACUUUCCACGGCUUCAGAGACUCACACUGAAAUACCUUGGAUUUCCUUUUCCAAUGAUGUUUUACGGACGUUUUCUGCUACCCCUACCACGAAAGAUCCCUUUGACCUUAGUUGUAGGCUCGCCUAUGGAUAUUCCAGCUGACGCUAAUCCAGAGAACGAGGAACAUGUGAAAAGCCUAGCUGAAACCUACUUUCAGGAGGUCGAAAGGCUCUUUUAUCGUCAUCGUGUAGAAGCAGGCUAUCCCAAAAUGGAGCUGCGUUUGAUUAAUAGGAAAUAA